AUGGCGGCUGGGGAGUCGAGCUAUCUAGGUGGCUUCUACUUCAGAUUUCUGCCUCAGAGAACUUUCUCAUCCCUGAGCACCCGGGAGAUCACCAGUCGGCUCCGCCAGUGGUCCAUGCUGGGCAGAAUCCAGGCGCAGGCGUUCAGCUUCGACCAGACGUUCCAGCCCUACCAGAAGGAUGAUUUCGUCAUGGCUUUUUUCAAAGACCCAAAUGUCAUUCCAAAUUUGCAGUUACUUUCAGAUUCUUCUGGACAGUGGACCACAUUAGGAACUGAAGUAAAAAAAAUUGAAGCUAUAAAUGUCCCAUGCACACAGCUUUCAAUGUCAUUUUUCCAGCGGUUAUACAGUGAAAAUAUUGUUCGAGAGAGUGGACACAUUGUCAAGUGCUUGGAUUCUUUCUGCGAUCCCUUUCUCAUUUCAGAUGAACUGAGAAAAGUUUUGCUCAUGGAAGACUCUGAAAAAUAUGAAGUCUUCAGCCUACUGGAAAGGGAAGAGUUCCUGUUCCGUCUUUUUAAGCAUCUCUGCCUUGGAGGCUCCCUUUGUCAGUAUGAAGAUAUGAUUAAGCCGUAUCUAGAGACAGCGAAGCUGAUCUAUAAGGAUCUGGUGAGUGUUCGGAAACAUCCUCGAACCAAGGAAAUACAAAUUACCUCUUCCGUCUUUAAAGUGAAGGCCUACGACUCUGCUGGCUUGUGCUACCCUUCAGCUAAGGAGCAUGAGCAGACGUUCUCCUACUUCGUCGUGGACCCCAUCAAGCGUCACGUGAACGUCCUGUACCAUUGCUAUGGUGUGGGGGAGAUGGCUUAGUCUGGUUUGUGCCAUCUGUUGUGUCUCCUCGUCAGCACUGACAGACAGACAGAUGUGCUCUUGCAGAUCCGUCAGAAGCAGCUGGAAAGACUAUGUCGAGUUGAAGAAAGCAAACACUAAAGUGCCUUUCUCUUCGUUAGCCUGGCACACUCACACAAGAACCCCUGGUGGAGCCUGUACAAAGCAGAACGUCACAGUUUAUGUUUGUUCUAUCAACAUGGAGCCAGUCUCAAUUUCCUAUUUUUUAAAAUUGUUUGAGAGGCAAAGGCAGGCAGGUCUCUGUGAGUUUAUGGCCAGCCUGGUCUACAGAGCUAGUUCCAGGACAGCCAGGCUACACAGAGAAACCCUGUCUCAGAAACCAAAUUAAUCAAUUAAUUACUUAGUUAACUUAAAAAAUUGGUUUUAGUGUUUGAGGAAGUAUCUCAUGUGAGCGUUGAACUCCCUAUGCAACUGAAGCUGGUCUUGAACUCCUGAUCCUCUUGCCUCUACCUCUUUAGUGUUGGAAUGCAAGCAUGUACCACCAGGCCUUGCUCUGUGUGCUUUGUUUGGGGAACUAAUUAAUUCUGGUUUAGAAUAGAAACAUUAGACAUCACCACUACCAGUCAUUAAUGUGAAUUAAUACAAUUUUUAAACUUCAGUUCAUGUAAUUAUAUUUUUAUCAUCCCAGAAAGGUAUAUGUAUUUCCAGUGUGGUGGCACACACCUUCAGUCCCAAUACUUGGGAGGCAGAGGCAGGCGGAUCUCUGUGAGUUUGAGGCCAGCCUAGUCUACAAAAUGAGUUCCAGGACAGCCAGGGCUUGAAAAGAAAAAGGAAGGUUUAUGUCUCUACACGUAGGAAAAACAGAGAAUUCUUUUGCUUCAUUUUUUUCACUUAAAAUCCUCAAUUAAAAAUCAUUAUAAAUUCUUAAUAUAUAACAAGUUAAAUCUCUGGCUGCCAUAGAGUUUCUAACUGAAACAUAGUAGUGAUAUGUAUGUUGCGGGUCCAUUGGAGGUGGUGUUGCUAGCAGUGGAACUAGCAGUGGAACCCAGCAUUCUAUGCAUGCUAGACAACUGCUCUAUCCACUAAGGUAUGUCGGCACAGGGUCACAUGUAGCCCAGUCUGGCCUCAUACCUGAUGUAUAGCCAAGUAUGACUGUGAACUCCUGACCCCUUGCUUCUACAUCCCAGGUGCCGGGUGACAGUUGUAGGCCCUGAAAACUGGCUAGGCCUUGUAUU